ACUUUGACAGGCUAGUUUUCCAGCCCAACAUUGACUAAACCAGUGGAGAGAGUUUGGUGCAGAAUUAUCUGUUUGACCAACCAGUGGCCAACCGAUUGGGAAAGUAUUCAGGAAACCUAUUUGAAAACAACCAUCUUUUUGAUGACACUACUGACACUGAAAUUAGUACUUCAUGUUUCAUUAUAAAGAUGCCUCACGCAUAUCCAUUCCUGAGCCCCGAUCAGAAGAAAGAGCUGAGCGACAUUGCUCAGAGCAUCGUCGUGCCAGGAAAGGGAAUUCUUGCAGCUGAUGAGUCCACAGGCAGCGUCGCAAAGCGCUUCCAGAGCAUUAACGCCGAGAACACAGAAGAGAACAGAAGGCUGUACCGUCAGCUGCUUUUCACCGCAGAUGACCACAUCCUGCCCUGCAUCGGCGGAGUCAUCCUUUUCCAUGAGACGCUCUAUCAGAAGACUGAUGAUGGCAAGCCUUUCUCUCAGCUGAUCAAGGAGAGAGGCAUGGUGGUCGGAAUCAAGGUGGACAAGGGUGUUGUACCUCUGGCUGGCACCAACGGAGAGACGACCACACAGGGUCUGGAUGGGCUGUAUGAGCGCUGCGCUCAGUAUAAAAAAGAUGGCGCUGACUUUGCUAAAUGGCGCUGCGUGUUGAAGAUCACACCCACUACUCCAUCUCAUCUGGCUAUCAUUGAGAAUGCUAAUGUACUCGCCCGCUAUGCCAGCAUCUGCCAGAUGCAUGGCAUCGUGCCCAUUGUGGAGCCUGAGAUCCUGCCUGAUGGUGACCAUGAUCUGAAGAGAUGCCAGUAUGUGACGGAGAAGGUCCUGGCAGCUGUGUACAAGGCUCUGUCAGAUCACCAUGUGUAUCUGGAGGGAACCCUUUUGAAACCCAACAUGGUGACCGCUGGCCACUCCUGCUCCCACAAGUACUCUCCUCAGGAGAUCGCCAUGUCCACCGUCACCGCCCUGCGCCGCACCGUUCCGCCGGCCGUUCCCGGCAUCACCUUCCUGUCCGGAGGCCAGAGCGAGGAGGAGGCCUCGAUCAAUCUGAGCACCAUUAACCAGUGUCCCCUAAGCAAACCCUGGGCCCUCACCUUCUCUUACGGCCGGGCCCUGCAAGCCUCCGCACUGAAAGCCUGGGGGGGCAAGAAGGAGAACGGAAAGGCCUGCCAGGAGGAGUUUGUCAAGAGAGCCAUAAACAACAGCGCAGCAGCCGUCGGUAAAUACGUCUCCAAAGGAGACACCGGAUCAGCGGCGGGAGAGUCUCUGUUUGUGGCCAACCACGCUUAUUAAA